AUGGCUUGCUCUGUACAAUUCUUUCUUGUUUUUUCACUUAUUUUCCUCUUUAGUUUCUCGGUUUCUCAAGAACCCUUAUUACCAAGAGCUGCUAUUAUUCCAGUGUCAAAAGAUCCUUUAACUCUUCAGUACGUGACUCACGUUUUCCUGGGUGAAAGAUUUGCCCCAGUUAAGCUUGUUGUUGAUGUUAAUGGUCCAUAUCUGUGGGUUGAUUGUGCUUCUAUCCCUCUGUCUAAAUCUCAAAAUCCCAUAAAAAGUUGCUCACUUGAGUGUUCAAUGGCAAAAUCCAGUGCUUGUACCGUGUCUUUUGGCAGCAAGAGCUGUACUCUUCAAUCUGAAAAUCCCAUUACAAGAAUGAUUACAUCAGGAAAUUUGGCUGAAGAUAGAAUUUCUAUGGAGUUUGAAGAUGGGGUGAAUUCAGGUUUUAUGGCCUCUAUUGAUAACUUCUUUUUUUCAUGUGCACCAAAAUUGUUACUAAAAGGCCUUGCUAAUGGUGCAAAAGGCGUUUUAGGGUUAGGAAACACUAGAAUUUCACUGCCAACACAGAGUGCUAGAACGUUUGGAUUUUUUCAGAGGAGAUUUUCUCUGUGUUUAUCCUCAUCAGAUGGUUUAAUUUCAUUGGCUGAGAGUUCUGAUGUGUCACUUUUGGGUGGGGAGAUUUCAAGAUCAAUGGUGUAUACACCCUUGAUUUCCAAGCCAGGUGGGGCAGGAGAAGAGUACAAGAUUAAUGUCAGGUCCAUCAAGAUUUCUGGUAAGAGAUUGUCUAUGAAUCAAGAAAAUAUUGGAGGGACAAAAAUAAGCACAAUUGCACCUUACACCACUAUGGAGAGCAAAAUUUAUGACACAUUCGUUGAUGCUUAUAUUAAGGCUGCCACUUCCUUGAACAUGACAAGGGUAGCUCCCGUGGCACCAUUCGGGGUAUGUUUUGGUUCAAAAGGGGUUGAAAAUUCAAGAAUUGGGCCAAAUGUGCCAAUUAUUGAUCUUAUUUUGCAAAGUGAGAUGGUGAAGUGGAGGAUCUAUGGGAGGAAUUCAAUGGUGCAAGUUAGUGAUGAAGUCAUGUGUUUAGGGUUCUUGGAUGGAGGAUUGAAUCAAAGGGAUCCAUUUGUCAUUGGGGGUUAUCAAUUGGAGGAUUAUGUUUUGGAAUUUCAUCUAGGCACCUCUAUGCUUGGGAUUUCUUCAUCAUUGUUAAUGGGACAGAGAAAGUGCUCUGAUUUCAAACUGCCUAGAGAGAUUUCUUGA